GGUCAAUUUCGGGUAUGGGCCAAUGCGGGGCGGGUCGACGCGGGUUUGCGGGGCAUUCGAGACCCGCGUGUCUUCUUCACCAGAGACGUUUGGUGUUCUGCUAACCGACGAAAAAGGUGAGAAAUGGCGACUGUGGAGGCAAUUCUGAACCUUCUCUUCCACUCGUCGACUAAGGUCACCACUGAGCCUUAUCUUCAUCACCUCUUCCUCGAUCUACCACCAUCUACCAUCUAUACAGAUGUGCUGAGAAGCUUUACUACAAAAUUAGACACACAUGAACCACCACCACACGAGUCAAGCAACAACAAAGAAAUGAGGACAGCAUUUUCACUACCCGCGGGCCGGACCGCAAAGUCCUAUAUAGCAAGCGGGGCGGGUUUGGGUAGAGGUUUGGGAACCGCGGGUUACGGCGGGCUGACCCGCAAAGAUCCGCCAGAGAUAGAGACCGCAGCGGGGCGGGCCACGGCGGGGCGGGUUGUCCCAAUUGCCAUUCCUACUUUUCCCCUUUUUAUAACUUAAACUAGUGGUAUUCCGGCGCUGCGCGCCGGGUUCGUAUAUUUUAUUCUCUAAUGAUUUUGAAAUUAUUUUUAGGUUCCAUUUGAUAGUUGUUGUGAUGCAGUAUAUUAUUUUGUUUCGAAA